AUGUCUUCGGGACAUAUUAGUCCUUCUCCUAGAGGGCGUAACGUCCCCUUUUCACAGUGGUUCAUCGAUACGUUUGAAUGCGGGCAUGUGUAUAACCGUUUGGUUAAUGAACUAGUUUGGUUGCCCUACAUUCCUGGAAUCAGCACAGAUGAAUCCUUUAUCGGGGAAACCCGUCGAAGGAACAUGCAAGACAAAUGCCACGAGUGUGAUGCUGCGGAAUACUUCAAGCAUAUCAAGUCCUCAAACGCCGAAGUCUCUAACUGGAGAGAACAACUCAAAAUACUUAAUGAGGAUGGAAAUAGGGAAGGUCAAAGCGUGGGUCCCAAUACAAGACUACCUUCUCCAGUCGAUAGCAACCCUCUUUCGUCUCUGCUCAUGCCAAUAGUUGAUGAUUCAACUCCGGCGGUGGACACUGGCUCCAACCAGCGCACGCUAGUUAUCUCUCGUAGCGACCCUCCUUCGUCUCCACUCAUGCCAAUAGUUGAUGAUUCAACUCCAGCGGCGGACACUGGCUCCAACCAGCGCACGCUAGUUAUCGCUUUCGGAGAUUUCCCUGCCCAGGAGUUCCCGAUCAAGCCCAGCGAAGGGACCCAAACCCCAACAACUGCGGCUCCUCGCAACAACGUUCAAGAGGAAAGUCCCGCGACAGUCGCUACAAGUACCCCCGGAAAGACCCCAGAGCGGCUCAGCUAUGCUGAUGUUCUCAAACGCAAGCCUAUUACCCCACGCCCGGAACGCGCAGAAGCCGGCUUGAUGACGGAAACGCCUGCGCUUCAGGGUGUCGAGCCAGUCAAACCUCCGGUUCGACCAAGAUUGGUCUUCAAGGGUCGAGAUCUUGCAUCUAAUGAACCGUCUUCUUCGGGGGUCGUUCCAGCUGAAGAUGAACCCAGAAUUUCUCACGGUGUCGCUAACACGAGAACGAAUAUCCCGCUGUCCGAGACUUCUGAGUUCGUUGAGGAUGACCUUUUGGAAAGGUAA